AUGGCCAACACUGCCGACCCCUCCCACUAUUUAGAAGACAUGGCCACCACUGCCGACCCUCCCACCAUACCCAAGACAUGGCCAACACUGCCGACCUCCCACUAUACCCAAGACAUGCCACCACGCCGACCCUCCCACUAUACCCAAGACAUGGCCAACACUGCCGACCCCUCCCACUAUACCAAGACAUGGCCACACUGCCGACCUCCCACCAUGUUCCAAGACAUGGCCACUACUGCCGACCCCUCCCACUAUUUAGAAGACAUGGCCACACUGCCGACCCUCCCACCAUACCCAAGACAUACAACACCGCCGACCUCCCACUAUUUAGAAGACAUGGCUACCACUGCCGACCUCCCACUAUACCCAAGACAUGGCCACCACUGCCGAUCCCUCCCACCAUACUCACACGGUUACACCACUGCCGACUCCCCACCAUACCCAAGACAUGGCCACCACUGCCGACCCUCCCACCAUACCCAAGACAUGGCCACCACUGCCGACCCUCCCACCAUACCCAAGACAUGGCCACCACUGCCGAUCCUCCCACCAUACCCAAGAUGGCCACCACGCCGACCCUCCCACCAUUUAGAAGACAUGGCUACCACUGCCGAUCCUCCCACCAUACCGAAGACAUACACCAUCGCCGACCCCUCCCACCAUACCCAGACAUGGCCACCACUGCCGAUCCCUCCCACCAUACCCAAGACAUGGCCACCACUGCUGACCCUCCCACCAUGCCCAAGACAUGGCCAACACUGCCGACCCUCCCACUAUUUGAGACAUGGCCACCACUGCCAGGCCCUCCACUAUACCCAAGACAUGGCCACCACUGUGAGCCCUCCCUAUUUAGAGACAUGCCACCACUGUGACCCCUCCACCAUGCCCAAACAGGCAACACUGCCUAGCCCCUCCCACUAUUUAGAGACAUGGCCACCACUGUGGACCUCCCACCAUGCCAAGACAUGGCCAACACUACCCCCACUAUACCCAAGACAUGCCACCACUGUGGGCCCUCACUAUACCCAAGACAUGGCCACCACUGAGGACCCUCCCUGUACCCAAGACAUGGACCACCUGAUCACCACCAUACCCAACAUGCCACUGCCAGCCCUCCCACUAAUUGAGACAUGGCCACCACGAGCCCUCCACAUCCCAAGACAUGGCCAACACUAG